AUGACUACAGGAAAGACUUACUUUAUCUCAGGUGCAAACCGAGGAAUUGGCUUUGAAUUGGCCAAACAUUACCUCGAAGCCAAUCCAGACAAUAUCGUUUUAGCCACUGCAAGAUUUCCAGCUUCUGCUACGGCUUUGAAUGAAUUGGCUGUGAAGAAUUCCAAUCUUCAUAUUCUCAAGUUGGAUGUCUCUGAUGAAGCUUCUAUUGCAAGCAUUGACUCGCAAUUGAAGGAUAUCACGGAUGGUGUCGAUGUUUUUGUUUCGAAUGCAGGUAUCUUUCUGGAAUCCCGUGGAACGGUCCUUAGUACCCCAGCCGAAAAAUGGGAUAAGCACUUGAAGGUUAAUACUGUGGGUCCAAUUCUUCUUUUCCAGGCAUUGUACCCUUACUUAACUAAAAGAGUUACCAAGAAAGUGGUCUUUAUAUCUUCGGUAGCAGGAUCUGUUGCCAGCUUUAAUCCAGCGUUCCCAACGGAUUCAUAUGGUCUUUCGAAGACGGGACUUAACUUUAUCGCCAAAGCAGCUGGGGCCGAACUUGCUCUGGAAGGCUUCAUCGUCAUUGCAGUUCAUCCAGGUGUCGUCCUGACCGAACGAGGAACAAAGACCUUCGAUGAAAUAAAGGCAGAUACAAACGAUGAAGUUGCUGCCUUCCUCGAUCUGUUGAUGAUUACUCCAGAAGAGAGUGCUUCCUUUUUGUCCAAGUUAAUUGAUGAGUUGAAUGAAGAGAAGAACGGGUCUUUCCUCAAUUAUGACGGAAAAACUCUCCCAUAUUGA